AUGGCAAACAGUGUCGAGGCUCGGGAGGCAACGCUGAAGACCCUCGGAUUUUCUCGAGUCAAUGAGGGCGAGCAUCUGGACGCUUGGACAAUCUUCUGGGGAGCCGACAUCGAGUUGGAGGAACAACCAAUUUGGAAGCAAUGGCUUGAUGCCUUGAAGCCGCAUCGGCGCAAUAUUGCUCUCACAGAUGCAGCUGCGGCUGUAGGCAUCCUCGGCGAUCCCGACUUCCCCGACCGAGCGUCAUGCACCUUCCUCAGCACUCCCUGGACAUCUACCCUAUCCCGCACCAAGGGCCGAAUUCUGGUGACCGAGGACUACAAACGCCUAGAGUCACAGGCCUUGGAUUAUAGCCGCACUACAGAUUGCAGUAAUGUGGUCAUCGCGGGUCAAAGCGGGUCAGGACGGACAUAUCUCUCCUACUACAUACUUGCGCACGCUCUGUCCCGCCGUCAGAAUAUGGUCUUCUUCACUGGCAAAAGUGCGGUCGUCUUCAGUCCCUUGGGCGUGUUCAGUAGCGACAGACUCGACCUCGACUCCGUUACUUUGGAUGAUUUCAACGAUGCCAUCGACGGCCACGCUCUAGCACUGGUGGAUGUUGCCAAGGACAAUUACGAGUUUGGUCCCCCGUCAACUCUAUUCUUCUCCAUCCGAGUAUACCCACCUAGCUCACGCUGGUACGAACAAUGGAUCGAGCGCUAUCGGCCAGCAACCACGGUCCUCGACGCUCUCCCGGCUCUCCGGAUAUUAUCAGCUGCUGCGUUACAUGUCGAUAUAGCUGCCACACGGACGUCUUUGCAACAGCUUCUGACUUGCAUCCGCAUCGCUGGCCUCAAUCUUCGUUUUUGUCUAUCCUUGGAUCCAUCCACUCUACGUGGUGAUCUCAGGGAUUAUAUCGCAAGCUUGAGCACUGUCCGAUUAUCUGAGAUGGCCGCGAGAGCACGCUUUUCACCUCAUUCGACGGAGAUCGCGCGCCAGGACGAUGGUCCUGAUAUCUUUUUGCUAAGGCGCGAGAUUAUCACCUUUGAAGCAUGCCUGCCUACAAUUGCCUCACGUCAUAUCCUCAGCGAGAUUGGGUCAUUUCACGGGUUUCCUGGUUUAUCGGCCCUCGAGGAUAUGGAGGUGGUCAAACGCUGCCCUGAUGGGUUUUCUGAAUCAAAGCAAUGGCUUUUCGAGCACAGGUGCCAUAUGCUGCUGAUGAGUGGAACGUCAGAUAAUCCAUCACGAUUCACACUGUCGCAAUGCUUUCCUCCUGGUGCCCCAAGACGCAAGGGUGCUCUGAAGGCCGCCCAUAUAUGCCCCAGUAGGAACUUGAAUGCCUUCAACCCCAGAACAUCAUCGUCAUUUGACACCGACGUUUAUCACUACAUUGACAUCCUUGUCGAUGGUACAUUGCACGCCAUAGUUCACGCUCGACCCGACGUUCGAUCGUCAAGGAAAAUCACACCGGCCAGUGAUUCUACUCUCAGAGAACAGAGGCGUAAACUACGCCCACGAGAUGGUGACCGGGCCUCGCGAGCGGUUGGACCAACCAGGCGGAGCAGACUAACCGCGGCAAGGCGUUUCUUGAUCUUUCUCCAAAUCGUCUUUGGAUCCUCCCCUCAGUUUACAGACGAUGGAAUGGAGCGUAUUGACCGAAUCAUACAAUCAGACGCCGAUGCCGAAUAUUUCUUCGUUUUCAUUACUGCGCCUGACUAUGUCCUCGAUCUUAGCGUCAUUCCUUUACCUUGGCUUAACCGUGUCAAGUGGUAUCAACUCUCCGUAACUAUGGCUGCCGAAGGCGACCACAUAGCAUGA